UUCUCUCACAUGGUAUCACGAGCUACUGUUCAAAUCUAAUUUUUUUCCCGCCUAUUCUCUCUCUACUUGGUAUCACCGAAUACGGUUCUGCCGCCAUGGCCACUGCAACAGCUUCUCUCUCCGCCACCACGCAACCUUCCUCUCCGGCUAGCACAGGCAUCAGCGCCCCAAUAUCUCUCUCUUCGAUUGGCGCCCCAUCCUCUUUGGGAACGCAGCCUUUCGUCAUCAUGCCUUGCACGGCCACCCUCUCGGCUUCCUCCUUCGCAUCACCAUCGAGAAGCUUGGUGCCAAAUUAUACUCUAUUUCAUAACCUGCCACCAGUCUUUUUGUGGUCAGCACCGUCUCCCGUCCAGCAAGUGUCCUUGGACCCGUCGCCCUCGUUCUCUGCCCCGACUGCUGCACAAUUCUCAGGACCCACGUUUGUUGGUUCUCCAAGAAUUUCUUCCUUGGUUCCUGCUACAAGGCUUGGACCGCCGACUGCUUCAAAUUCUCCUAUGGCAGAUUUGGCAUAGUCCCUAUCUCACGUGGCCACCAACGUUACUAAUAUUGUGACCACCAAACUGCAAGCUGUUGAGGAUUAUAUUAUGUGGCGCACCCAGUUAGAGUCCUUUCUUAUUUCUCAAGGUCUUCUGGGAAUGGUUGAUGGCUCAAUUCAUGUACCUUCUGUUCAUUCCAUAGACCUAUACAAUCGUCAAAUCCCUAAUCCCGAGUAUUCGUCAUGGUUACGUAUUGAUCAAACUAUUCGUUCCUUGUUAUUUGCAACUUUAUGCCGUAUUGUUCUUAUUAAUGUCCAUGAUUUAUAACACUCUUUAAAA